UUUUAAAACAAAAUAUUAUUUUUUUAUCAUCCGAUUCUUUGGAUUGAAGCAAUAAUGAUCGAAGCAGCGAACUCGCAGCUAGUUACAAACGAACGAUCGCUCGCAUUUAUUCCGAACUUUACAGACUUUAUUCAUCGGAUAUCGACGAGAACCGAAACCCGAUAAGUCUUUGUUUGUUACCCAAAUUCGUUCCUCCCUCCGAAUGAAUUACAAGAGUCAAUAACGUUUGCAUAUAGAGCGAAUUAAGAAAACUCUUUCCAUCAUACGAGAUGCAACUUGAACGGUUUACAAAAAACUAAAGCAAUCCUUGUCAUAAUUAUAAUAAAUGCAUCCACUGCAUUCAGCAUAACGCGAGUACCGAUGUUAUAGUAUCUGUGCUUGAUAAGCAAACAAUCUGCUGGAGAUGCUGAAGCUUCUAACAGCACAAAGAACACUUCCGAACCGACUUAUUAUGUAUGUGGAAAAUCUUCGAAUCACUCUUUCAGUAAUUAAUCCUCUGCUAUAUAAAAUUAUUUAAUAAAAAUCUCCUUAUUAACGACUGGCCUGCUCAUGACAUUGCGGUGCUCCGGCGGACCGACAACGUGUAUUCAUAAAUUACAUCCGAGAGCCGCCCUAGUUAUCUGGUUUACAUAAUUAAUUCUUAGAACAACAGAUUUACCAAAUUAUCUUGCAGCUUCCUAUUAUAAUUCGGUGCUCGCCCGAUGACUAACUAUCCGAAGUCGAGAUAGCGAGCAUGGGCUCGUCCAGCAAAUGACGGAGACGGCAAACAAAAAAUUAUGAAACGUAGAAAAUAUGACACAAUGGUAUCGUUUCUCAAGUUCAUAAAAAUACCCAAAAAAAUACACCAGCACAAACAGAGCCUAUGAUAUAUCGAUAAUUGAUAGAAACACUGCCAAUAUAAAAAGUGCCUUACGAACAACGAACUGUAUGUGAAAAAAAAAGUUAAUUAUAUAAAAAAAAAAAUGAAAUCUGGUGCUUCGAAACAAUAAAUAGAGUAAAGGAGACAAAAAUAAUGUUAGUGAAGAAGACGGGACAAAAAGUGUGUGAUAUUGGACUGAACCGUUUAAGAUGUUAGACGUUUUCCGCGGUUUAAAGAAUCUCAUAAAGGUGAACUAUGUACACAUCGACUCGCCGGUGUUCAGGCUUCACUACUCCAUUACCGUGGUGCUGCUGGUCUCGUUCAGCCUCAUAGUGACCACGCGCCAGUACGUCGGGAACCCCAUAGACUGCAUCCACACCAAGGACAUCCCCGAGGACGUCCUCAACACCUACUGCUGGAUUCACUCCACCUACACCCUUAAGAGCUUCUUCCACAAGAAAGUGGGAGUCGAAGUCCCAUACCCCGGCAUCGGGAACAGCAGAGAGAAAGGAAAAGAAGAUAUGAGCGACAGAAAGAUUUACAAAUACUACCAAUGGGUCUGCUUUUGUCUGUUCUUUCAGGCGAUGCUGUUCUACGCACCGCGCUGGCUGUGGAAAUCCUGGGAGGGGGGAAAGAUCCGGGCACUGAUGAUGGAUCUGGAUGUCGGUGUGUGCACAGAGAUCGAGAAGAAAACCAAGAAGAAGCUCAUCCUAGACUACCUGUGGGAAAAUCUGAGGUAUCACAACUGGUGGGCCUACAGAUACUACCUCUGCGAGGGGCUUGCUCUUAUCAACGUUAUAGGGCAAAUGUUCCUCAUGAACCGCUUCUUCGACGGCGAGUUCAUGACUUUUGGACUGGACGUCAUCGCUUACAUGGAGUCUGAUCAAGAAGACCGAAUAGACCCCAUGAUAUAUAUUUUUCCGAGAAUGGUCAAAUGUACGUUAUUCAAUAAAUUCGGUUCGUCCGGUGAAGUGGAGCGUCACGAUGCACUCUGCAUCCUCCCCCUCAACGUGGUCAACGAGAAGAUCUAUGUCUUCCUCUGGUUCUGGUUCGUCAUCCUCGGUUUCCUGACCUUCAUCACUCUCGUCUACCGUGUGGUCAUCAUCUUCUCACCGCGAAUGCGCGUGUACAUGAUGAGAAUGCGCUUCCGGCUCGUCAGACGAGACAAUGUCGACACCAUCGUCAGAAGAAGCAAAAUGGGCGAUUGGUACCUCUUGUAUAUACUCGGAGAAAAUCUCGAUUCGGUCAUAUUCCGAGACAUAAUGCACGAAUUCGCUAACAAGUUGAACCACAACUACCAGCACCAUAUCCACGGUGUCCCGGACGCGUGACCUCCGAUCCCAGGGUGGGUCUUCCACACGUGACUGACGUCGUUGCAGCGCGACAUGGACCCGCCCGUCUGAAAGCGCUGGAACUCAAAAAUGUCUGCACACUCAAAGGGGACGUUUCCUUUGUUCGUAUGUAUGAUAAAUUAAAAACGGGCCAAGUCAUCUGCCUCGCCGUAAUACGGCUGAGAUGAACUGUUUGAUAUUACACGGAGUGCAUGUUAUGUAAAAGACUUGUUACGGUGGUGUUCGUGGUCGUUGAAGUGGAAUUCUAAUAUGCAAUAAUAGAUUGUACUUAAUGUUUAAGAAUGUGAUCUCAGGAUGAAUCCUAUCGAAAGCCUUAUUGAUGUCAACAGUGACGGCUAUCCCGUUAGAAUAUCUAGUGUUCAACUUUUAGAAGUAUUUUUACUUGUAGUAUCGCUGCUCCUAGCAAGUUGCUGUUUGUCGGAAAGCUUCGUUUUUUUCUACUCUAGCUAAUGUACGAGAUUUAGCACACAGAUGGCACAUCGUUAAAGUUUUACACAAUAUCUCACUUGCAAGGAUUUGACAGACCAAGAAAGUGAAAUUAAAGCAAUAACUAAAGAAAUUAUUAAGUAUCGUAGGCUUAGUGAUAAAUUAUAAUCUGGUUCGAAAAAAUGGCAUAGAAUACCCACCAUUGGACUUUGAUGUGGGACUCAACUGACGUACUUACCUUUUGCGCGCCAAAAGACAUUUUACGUUAACUAGCGAAAUAAUUGAACAGUAAUGUAUAGAUGUACUCGUAAUGCAAUGUAAUCAGCAUAUAUAGAUAUAAUUUACUGGUAAAGUAAGUUCCUUUUAUCUAAAAAUUUAACAUAAUUUAAAGUGUUCAAAGUAGUAAGUACGUUUCCGAUAACGACUGAAAUUUGUAAAAAAUAAUAAAAAUCUUAUUGAAUCUAUUGUCUUGUUUGAUUGUAUUAGUUUUUGUUACUUGGCAUGUAUUGAAGAAAUUCCAGGAGGUUUAGUAUUUAGUUGAAAUUACGAAGGGACUAGGUUAUUUGCACGGAUCGAAUGUUGAACCUUCACCGGAAGUGGGAGGAAGCACGUGUCGUCUGCUCGUUGGAGGUUGUCGUCAAGUGUGUAUGUAUGUUAGUAACGAUGUAAGGCCCUUCUAAUUAUACAUCUUGAAUUUAUUCCAAAACAAGAAAUUUAAUUGACACUAGGACAAUAGAUUUUUUUGAAUUUUUAAUAACUCUGAUUCACCGUCAAAAUACUUGUGUUUGUUAAAUAAUAUUGCCCUUUAAAUGUUUUUAUAAUUUUUAUUGUACAUUCGAUUUUGUAUCUGUUAAAGGGACGUCUUAUUUAUAUUUAGCUCCGUCAAUAAAUUAAUCAAUUUAAAGUUUUAUAACAAAAUGUUUCAUUCGAUGUAUAAAAUCACCUUUUCAAUUAUAAUCUAUAUAUAUUUACUUAACUUGUAUUGAAAAUAAUAAUUACCAACAACGUGGCCUAUGUUCUCGCUACAUGAACAAACAUACAGAUUUAGUGAUCAUUACCGUUUGUGUGGAAUGAAAUGUUCGGCAGAUUUUUUGUUCGUCAUUUUAUUCAAUUUAUUUAAAGACGGGGCUAAAUAUCGGACAUGAGUGUUUUGUGGUCAAUUAUAUCAUAAAAUGGAUGCAAACGAUUGCAUGUGCUUGAUGCAGUGAAUUCAGUUUCCUUAAUGGAGUUUAACCCAGAAAUAUAUCGCAGAUUCAUCGAAGCGAUGAUGUGGUCUUUGAAAUUGUUUACAUCCAUUGCUUUUUAUUAAUCGGAAUGCAUUUAAGUGUUAAAUUAAAAACAGUAUUGUACGGUAAUCGCCAAAUGUUGUGCCAAAGAUACGGGCGAUUAGAUGGAAACAGUUACCACGAAAGAUACGAAUAAAUAAUGGAAAUAUUA